AUGUACCUUCUUCUACUUCUGUUCAUCCCACUCGUCCUUUCCAAGGAUCUCGCCUGGUACUCAACUGAACCGGGCCUCAGCUCUUCGCACCCGGUCCACUCGCCUCUGCACGCUUCCACAGCCAUCGACUUCUGUCAGGUUCGUUCUUUUUGCUCCACUUGUCGUCGCUCUAUUGCUUUUCUUCCGUCUCCCACGGGAACCACUUUGAACUGAACUUUUGACGAACAAAACAUUCGGCAAAAGCAGUGAGAGUUAGCGGAGAGGGAAUUGGAUAAAUGACACUUUUUCUUCAGCUGCCGCCAGACGCUGGAAAGUGUUCUCAACAACUUGUGCGCUACUAUUAUGACACGCAAGUUGAUGAAUGCAAACGAUUCACUUUUUCGUAAGCCAAGCCGUUCCGGGAGUAGUGAACCCAUUAAUCAGAGCGUUUGCAGUGGCUGCGGGGGUAAUUCGAAUCGUUUUAUGAGGCGGGCGCACUGUCGGAACAGAUGUGUAAAGCGGCAGAACAAGGAGGAGAAGGAGAGUCUGGAGAUGAAACACAGGAGAACUGUCACAUCGACUACCGUAGCACCUGUGAAUAAGGAGGAAGAAACCACAGUUCAGACUACGACGCAACGGGAGCCAGUCACCGUUCCUGUUAAGAAAGUUGAAAUUGUUCAGGUUAUCCCCAUCUUCAACUUUGUAGUGAAUUCAAUACAUUUUUAAUUUCAGUCAGGCCACGAGAACGCUCUUUGUCGGAAUUGUGAUCCUUUGUACGGCACGUGCGUGGAUGGGCAAUGCGGAUGUAUGAAAGGGUUCAGAGCGCUGAACAACAUCUGUAUUGGUGAGUACCGCAUCGGAAAUGCAACAAUUUCAAAAGAUGCACUUUGCGGCAGCAUAUUUCUGAUAUCUCAUUUGAUAUGAAUAGGAGUAGAACAAGGAAGAAACGCACUUUUGAGUAACUAAAGCGACGCGUACUUCAGACCUGAACGAGUGUGAUAACGGUGCAAUCUGUGGUCCGAACGCCCGGUGCGUGAACGAAGUCGGCUCGUUUCAAUGUGUGUGCGAUGCGGGAUUCGCUUCCGACGGAGAAUGUCAGAUCGGAGCCGACGCGUGCAUGGACGAGUUCGAUUGGAAUUUGGAAGAGGAGGACUGCAACAACCUGAAGGAAGAAAUCAGAUAUUUCUAUGACGCGAAGACUGUUCAGUGCAAGAAGUUCUUCUGGGGUGGCUGCAAAACUAAAUCCAGAAACUUCUUCGCUGAUUUCCAGGUCAGUUUCACAUUUUUUUGUCAUUCUCAUCGAAAACUUGUAGACGUGUGAUGUUUUGUGUGUUUCCAAUCAACGGGAAUAUCUGAAAUCGAAAGGAGAGUCCGUUCAUCAUUCAUCGCACCAAAUCUCUUUCGAUCCAGGCAAUAACGAUAAGCUUAAAAGUACGUGUUCACGUUCAUUUUUCUGCCAGAAAUACCUCAAAUUCUUCCAGGCAACCACUACAAGAUUGAUCUAUUCUCGUCGCCUUCGUCGCCGGUUCGUCCCGAUCGUCCGUUAUCAGUUGAUGAUUGGCCUCUCAAGCCAAUCACUCUGAAACCGGCCCUCGAUCUCGAUUUCUCACUGGGACACACCAAAUCAACUGUUGAAAAACAGGAAGAGGCACUGAAGGCCGAGCAAUUUAUCAAGGAUUUGACGCCGGAGCAUAGUUGGGGAAAAACUCAAAUAUUGCGCCUAGUCUGCAGUUUUUCAGAUAUUUGCGAGCUGAAAUUCGAGCCAGUACUUCGGGAAGAAUGCAUUUCGGCUGAUUGGAGUGAGAAGUUUUUCUGGAACUCUGACUUCUCGGUACGUUUUCUUCCUGUACCUUCAAUAAUCUUCGAUUGUUUAGGACUGUGAACCGUUCUGGUAUGAUUCCUCUUGUGAUCCACGCGAUCGAGCAGGCAAGAACUACUUCGAAACAUUCGAGGAAUGCAAAAAUAAGUGUAAUGGUGGAGAAGAAAGAGGAGAGGCUAAGGACGAGUACAUUCUCCCGACUGAGCCGGUCAAGGAUUCAGAACCAGAACCAAAACUAGAGCAGAAGGGAGAAGAAGAAGUGAGGGAAGAACUUGCUGUAGAAUCGACUACAACCGAAACCGGAGGAUGGAGAAGAGGAGAAUGGAUACUUUUUCAAAGUGAAACCGAUGAAUUACCUAGAAGACGUGAUUGAGAAAGCUGACGAACCGCCAAAGCACAUUGAAUUCAACCCGAAUGAGUUCUUGAAAAACAUUGAAAAGGUCGGAGAAGCAGCCGUUCAGCAGAAGAAAGAAGACACCGAAGCCCUCGAGCAACAGGCGAAAUUGAAGAGAAAAUAGAGCAUGAGAUAAUUGAGCACGAGAAAAAGGAAGACUUCACAGAGACAGUGCUCACUCCUUCGAACUGUGAUUUGGAAUAUGACGCCGAUCUUCGGAACGAGUGCACUUUGGCCGAAUGGACGGAACUUUUCUACUGGAAUGAGCAGUUCAAGGUAUGUGUGCAAACAAAGACUCCGUCUGAAAUCGAUAGGGCUUCAGGAGUGCGAGGCAUUCUGGUAUGAUUCAUCUUGCGGAGAGCCAGACUUCGAAACGAAGAAUCUGUUCAAAAACUGGGAUGCGUGCAAUAACAAGUGUGUUAAGAAGCAACAAGUUGUCGCUGAGAAAGGUGUGUCGAUACUCAAUUGAACACAAGUUGAUAUCUUUAAAUGAUUUCAGAAAAAGAGCCAGCCACAACAAGCACAACUACAACUACUACAACAACUACAACUUCGACUACAACUGCACAGCCCAGCACAGAUCCUCAUCUUCUCGGAGAAACGAAGCGUCCCAACUACAACCAGAAUAAUCCUCUCAAUCUGAUUCUGAACAGUAAGUGAACAGCAAGAACUGUACACAAUUCGUGAUUUUAAGAAGCUCUCAAUCCGGACCAAUCUUCGGAACUUCCCGAGAAGUUCCCUCCAACGCAUGAAAAAACGUUUUCAAACUUUGCUAUCAAAUCUGAGGUCACUGCGACCACGAAGUUUGACAGAUUGAAGUAUAUGGCAGAGUUCAGAGUGAGUAUUGCACAUUUCAACACAGGUUAAUAUCUUUGUUUUCUAGAAGAAGCUGCUCGCGCUUCCGGAUGACUUCUCCACUUCAUCCAAAGCAACUUCUCCUACUUCUGCGCCAACUACACCUCAAAUCAAAACUACUGAACAUCAAACGACGACUUCCGAGAGAACGAGCUCAUCUUUCGCUCCCACGCAAACAACAACUACCAGCUUCGAAGAGUUCGUUGAAGCCGAAAAGAAAAAGACUCUGGAGACGAUCAAACUUCUCGACCGGCCUGAAGACCUUUGCGACGAGCCUCUCCAUCCGAAACUCGAAGAAGACUGCAAAAACGAUCAAUGGGAGAUCAAAUGGUUCUUCAAUUCGGACCGGGGCGCCUGUAAGUCCUUCUGGUACGGAGGAUGUGAAGUCGAGAGCAGGAACUUCUUCCCGGAUCACGCCGUGAGUCUUUCUAACUGAAUUAAAAGCAACAUGAUUGGUUUCCAGAACUGUCGUCACACAUGCGCACAUAAAUAUGGCACACCGGCCAGCUUCUCCUCUAAAAUCUUUAUUCCUCCGGGUGAUAUAAGCACUCCAGUUCCUCCGCGCAAAGAUCGGCUGACCACUAGUCUGAAGCUGACCUAUCCGCAUUCGGAAGAUCUGUUUCCUGCUCAAGAUCACGCAACGGUAGUGGAGUUGGAUGGGAACUUCCAUCAUGUGGAGCAGAACGAACGAGUCUCUCUGACUCCCACAAAACCAUUCAAACCAAGAGAUCCACUUCCAACUGCCUCCAACAUUGUCAAUGUUUCGGAAGGCGACAAAACUGAGAUGGAGCCUGCGUUCUACAGUCACAUCGACCGAGUUGUUCAUGAAAUGAAAUCGGGAGGUCAUCCGGGAUACACGAAACCGGAAGAGUUUGUGAGACGGAUCGAGGCAGCAAGCAACGACUUCAUCAAAUAUGAUCUGCACAAGCCAGACGUCGUCACGAUUAUGGACAGGCAUCCUCCGACUGUAGAGCCCCGAACGACUGCGCAGCAGACCACGAAGAACCCGACGACGCGUUCGAUCAACGAUCCGUGCGACGAUGAGUACGAUCCGAAGUGGGACGAAGACUGCCUCGGGGAUCAGUGGGUCGUCAGAAGUUACUACGACCCUAGGGCGGAGGCCUGCAAAGUUUUCUGGUACGGAGGGUGCCACACGAGCAGCAGGAACAUUUGGUUCGAUAAGGAGGUACUGAGUUUCAGAGAAAGGUGAGAGAGCACUGCACUCUUUUCAGACUUGCCGAACUUCUUGCGCGCACAAGUUCCCGACACAAAUUCCAUUCAGUAAGUACUGUAUUUAUAGUUUUGAAAAAUAAACAGGAAAGUUCAGCGGAAGCAGAGCCAUCAUCAGAACUCGUCGCGGCCACGUCUUCUUCCCCAUCGCCGACUCCAUCCGCCUCUUCUGACACGGUAAUUUUCGUUUCGGGAUCCGCGCAUCUGGUGCCCGCUGCCUCAAAACUGACGAGACCAAUCAUUCUGAAAAUAAAGGCACACAUCUCGUCGGAGCAUCGAUUCAAAGUGGACCUCGAUCAGAAGUUCGCCGAUAUCAAGAGAGAGCACGAGAGAAAGGAGGAACUAGAGUACUCGAAGCAAGUGCAUCAUCCGGUUACGGUGGCUGGUAAGAGAUGGAGUAUGGAAGGGCAGAACAGAGAAUGCGUUUCAGCUGAUUGUCUCGAAAGCUUCAACCAGAGCCUCGGAAAACCGUGUGGAGACGGAAAGACGUGGAGCAACAGGUUCGGAACUAUUCGCAAUUGAUUCCGAUUCCAAAAGUUGCAGGUACUACUACGACAAAGACACUCGAUCCUGCCGCAUGUUCUGGAGCAACGGUUGCUUUAGCCCCUCGAAGAACAACUUUGACGACUUGGAAAUGUGUCAAUGGAAAUGCGAAGGGAGACAUCCGCAGCCGGCAGGAAGUACGUCUUAACGAUUAUGUCACAAUAACAUAAUUAUAAAAUUUCAGAAUCUUGCUUGGACAAGUUCGACGAGAAAUACUUGGAAGACUGCCGUCAUGGAGAGUUAACAAGCCGAUAUUACUUUGAUCAUGACAGGUAUGUAAAUGAAUACUUUUUUUCGAUAGCACAUCUCUUAAAGGAAGAAGUGCGUGGCCUUCCAUUGGGGAGGAUGUCAAUCAAAGUCGCAGAACUUCUUCGCGGAUAUGACAGUGUGCCAGGAGCUCUGUGAAUCACCGCCGAGAGAACUGACACGUAAAAGAAGCAAAUUUGAGAUAUCAAAUGAAAUGUACAGAUUUCAGAAGCCUGUAUUCAGCCAUUUGAAGAAAACUACAAGAAUUCGUGCUCAGCCACAAAUCCUCAACAGUACUACUACUUCGAUAUAACUUCGGGGAUCUGCAAGAUGUUCUGGUUUGGCAACUGCAAAGGAGAGAAUCAGAACAUCUUCAGCACUUUGGAAUCGUGCCAAUGGAUUUGCGAACGGAAAAGGGAGGAAAGAAAGCCAGGUGGGUUCUUUUUUCGAUAGGCUGUCAUAGUUUAUUCAACAUGUUUUCAGCAAUGUGCGCUGACAAGUUCGAUCAGAAGUACAUGGAAUCUUGUGGAAGUUCCCAGUGGUUAGAGAAGUGGUACUUUGAUGUGAGUCAUUCUCAUUUCAUCCCCCCAAUCUGACGCAUUCUCAAUGUUUCAGCAAUCCUCUGGAGAGUGCACGUCUUUCUGGUGGGACGGCUGCACGUCUUCUUCUCAGAACAUCUUCCCCGACGAGAAGUCGUGCACUUCGAACUGCAACAUCCCGGCUUUGAGAUCUCAUCGAAACUCGCCACCGAAGAGACCAAGUUCAGAUGCCUGGAGCCCGUUGAGAUUGGAAGUUGUCAGGAGACGUAAGAUUUCACAAGAUCUCACGCAUCUACCGUAAUCAUUUAUUUUCCAGAUACCCUGCCUUCUACUACGAUCGAACUUCCCGUACUUGCCGUCCGUUCGCCUAUUCGGGCUGUGGAGGCAACGCCAACCGUUUCAUGACCGUUUCGCAGUGCGAGAAUCUUUGUUUCGCAUUCAAUCAGCUGAACGAAGCGGAAGUGGACUGCCAUCUUCCAAUGCACAUUGGCUACGGAAAGAACGACGAGAGCUGCCUGCCGCAAGCUGGAUUCCGAUUUUAUUACGAUCGGAACUACGGUAGGAGGGAUGAACGAAUGAAACUCGAUUGUAACUUGUUUUCCAGGCAAGUGCUCCCAAAUGUGGUAUUUGGGAUGUGGAGGCAAUGCGAAUAACUUCUAUUCGUAUGAAAUCUGCCAGAGAACAUGCUCGGCGUCGGAUCAGCCGCGCGAGCUGGAACGGAAGACACGAGCCAGCAGCGAGGGUAGGCCAAAGUUCGGAAUUCGCAAGAUCCGUGCCAAAGUGCAGCAACUCUAAUCACCCUUUUUCCUACUGAAUCUCUUCACUGAUACUCUUUACAUUCCCGGUUGUGUGUGACCGUUUCUUCUUUCUUUCUCUUCUGUUUCACUCUGUCUGUCAAUGCAGUUUGUUCCACUUCUGAGCUUCUACUAAUAGCAUUCUUCUGUUGGUUUAUAACCGAAUAAAUAAUGUUUAUGAGAAUGGAAUGAUUGAAGUGACAACUUGCAAUGAAACAGGGAAGAGACAAGAAAAAGGAGAGAGAGAACGGAGGAAACGUGCAAGAUUUGCGUGCUUUCAGUGUGCUUCGAAGCUCCCGGAGACCGAGGAACGUGUGGAAAGAACGCGAGCUCUCACUCUUUACAAAGAUGGACUUACGGACAACAAAAGUGCUCCUCCUUCACUUAUUCCGGGUGCGGGGGCAAUCGGAACCGGUUCGCUACUGAAGAACUCUGUCAAAAGACGUGCAAAGGUCUCCUCAACAGCAAUGAUCCUCGUGAGUAAUCCCAAAGGUUCAAAUAUCGCUCCAUCUUUCAAAGGUAUCUGCUCAUUCCCUCCCGACUGGGGCUCUUGCAAUCAGCUCCGCUACGUUUGGUUCUACAAUCAUACACGUGGAACUUGCGAUCAGUUCCUAUACGGCGGAUGCGGAGGCAAUCCAAAUCGAUUCGAUACAUUUGAAAUCUGUCAAAAAGCGUGUGAAGUCACUGGAACAGGUAUGCCGUUUUCCGAGUGACCGCGUCCGAUUAUCAUCCUCCAGAUGCCUGCAUGGAGUCGUUGGACAGAGGCAGUUGGUGCGAAGCCAUGUCAAAUAGAUACUACUUCAACAAAAGAGCUCGUCAGUGCAAAGGAUUCCAUUAUACUGGUUGUGGAAAGAGCGGCAAUAACUUUUUAUCAAAAGAAGAGUGCCAGGACAAGUGACUGAGUUUGGCGAGAGAAUCAUAUUAUCUCAACGAAUGUUUCAGAUGCGAGAAAAGGUUCCCUCGGGCAGCGCCACCGACCAAAAAGAAAUCGAAGACGAGGCUGCCAGUUGGAUGUAGGCUGAAAGGACAAACUUUCAAACUGAUUUCAAUUCUCAGAUUCUGGAUCGAAGCCGAAAGUGAAAACGCCAAUGCUCCGGCAUAUUAAUUUGAACGGAUUCAAUCAGUCAUACUUCAAAUCGGAGCCCCAAUGGAUGGAUUACACUUCUUGCUACGGUUACAGGUACAAGGACACUUCAAUACCGCUCAUUGAAGACUAUAUAUCUCAGCUGACCGUAAAGAUAUCAAAACGUUUUCAGCUAAUAAACUGUUCAUCAAGACAUUGUGAAUAUUUAUUUAGUUGGUCACUAUUUGAUAUCUGUACAGAAAGUUAAGAUAGAUCGAGUUGAAUUAAUGGUAUUUGGGUGUGGUAAUUGUGAAAGUGAGAAAGAAAACACGUCCACUUAAAAAUUAACACAUGAAAUGGAAGAACAGAGAUAGUGAGGGCAUCUGCAAAUUCAAGCAACUUCUUCUUUCAGGUACAACGUCUCCGGCCGUGACACAAUUCUCAACGUGCACUUCUGUGCCCUCAAGGGAUCAGCCAACUGCAUCAGCGACAGCUACCGUACCACCGAAGGCGAAGAGUUCUGCAAUGUGCUCCGCCCGUUCCUUCGCGGCCAAAAUCUCUACUCAUUCUAUUUCGGCCUCGACUCACAGAAUCCAUUGUACCGGCCGAAAGACGGUCUUUCCGGAAGAAUCCAACGGAAAAACGAGACAAUAGCUGCCGUAUUGGUGCUGAAAGCAAAUCACUGCCAUGAGAUCUGCUAG